GUUGUGGUGUGUUUCACAGUAGUAUUUCUGGCUGAUUCAUUGUAGUCGGGCUGACACUCAGCAGGCUUUUUGUCUUUUUCAUUUUCUCAUUGCACAGCAAUGGACCGGCUCUUGAGGCUUGGAGGGGGGAUGCCAGGACUCAGCCAGGGUCCUCCCACAGAUGCCCCCGCUGUGGACACAGCUGAACAAGUGUACAUUUCCUCUCUCGCCCUGCUAAAGAUGCUGAAACACGGCCGUGCUGGCGUGCCCAUGGAAGUCAUGGGUCUGAUGUUAGGAGAGUUUGUGGAUGAUUACACUGUACGUGUAAUCGAUGUGUUUGCCAUGCCGCAGUCAGGAACGGGUGUAAGUGUAGAGGCUGUGGACCCUGUUUUUCAAGCCAAGAUGUUGGACAUGUUGAAGCAGACAGGAAGGCCUGAGAUGGUGGUUGGCUGGUACCACAGUCAUCCCGGUUUUGGCUGCUGGUUGUCGGGUGUUGACAUUAACACACAGCAGAGUUUUGAGGCUCUGUCAGAACGUGCUGUCGCCGUGGUGGUCGACCCCAUCCAGAGCGUCAAGGGAAAGGUUGUUAUUGAUGCUUUUAGGCUAAUAAAUGCCAAUAUGAUGGUUCUGGGCCAUGAGCCACGGCAGACCACCUCUAACCUUGGACACCUCAACAAACCAUCUAUUCAGGCUCUGAUUCAUGGCCUCAACAGACAUUAUUACUCCAUUACCAUCAACUACAGGAAGAACGAAUUGGAGCAGAAGAUGUUACUAAACCUCAAUAAGAAAAGCUGGAUGGAGGGUCUUACCCUGCUGGACUACAGCGAACACUGCAAACUGAACGAGACCAUCGUCAAGGAGAUGCUCGAACUGGCAAAGAACUACAAUAAGGCUGUAGAGGAAGAGGACAAAAUGACCCCUGAGCAGCUGGCUAUUAAGAACGUUGGAAAACAGGAUCCCAAGCGGCAUUUGGAAGAGCAUGUGGAUGUUCUCAUGACAUCCAAUAUUGUACAGUGCCUCGCAGCAAUGCUGGACACAGUUGUGUUCCAGUGAAUUUUUAUUUUUUUCCACCCCUCUGUGCAAAAGUGUUCAUAUUCUACAACUGUUCUGUCUUUUUAAGAAAUAAACAUAAAAUUCCAGUAUUGUGUUUGUCUAUCCUCCUUAAGUGGAUUCAGAGUGUGCAGAUGAUAAACGUCUUGCAUUCUAAACCACAUUAGAAAACAACUGGGCAAACUCUAGAAAUGGCCAAAACAUGCAUUGCUUUCAUCUUUGUUUACUACUGCAUCUGAAAGCAGUUUCAACUUAAGAGCUGUCCUUGGAUUUCCCCUUAUUUAAGAUGGCACUUCAGCUCUAUAUCUAACUGGGUGUCAUUGUGAAAUUGUAUUGCUCAGUAAACAUGGAUGUUCAGGUCUAGGAGGUUUCACUCUAUUUAAAGGGAUAGUUAACCCAAAAAUAAUAAUUACCCAUCUGUUCCCCACCCUCAUGCCAUCCCAGAUAUGCAUAACUUUCUUCUGCAGAACACAAAUGAAGAGUUAAAAAAAAAUGGUGACCAAAACAUUGAAGCUCCAAAAAGCAUAUAAAUGUAGCAUAAAAAUAACCCAAAAGACUCCAGUUGUUUAAUCCAUGUCUUCUGAACAAUCUAAUAAUUUUUGGGCGAGAACAGCAAAAAUAAAAUUCCUUAUUCACUUGAAAUCUUGACAUGGCAAUUUCCUUGGUAAUCAUGAUUUCAACCUUGAUUACACUUCCUACUGCCAUCUAGUGCUCCGUGAAAUCAUGAUUGUGCCUAGACACUGCAAUGGAAAGAAUGGAUUGGAUUGCUUCAGAAGACAUGGAUUAAAACACGAGUCAUAUUGAUUAAUUUAAUGCUGCCUUUAUGUGCUCUUUGGAGCUUUAACAUUUUAGUCACCAUUCAUUUGCAUUGUAUGGACCUACAGAGCUGAGAUUUAUUUUUAUUUUAAUGUUUUCUUUGUAUGUGUUCUGCAGAAGAAAAAGUCAUACAUAUUUGGGAUGGCAUGAGAGUGAGUAAAUGAUGAGAUAAUUACAUUUUUUGAGUAAACUAUUCCUUUAUAAAGUUAUUUUAUGACCUAAAGAGUUUUCAAGCGGGGAGGAUCACCAAACUAGAUUGCGCAGCCUUAAAAGCCCAGGACACCCCUGGGCAGUCAAGGGCCCCCUGGGGACUGGCACCAUUGGCCCGGUCGGUAAUCUGUCCCUGCCCGUCUCUUCUCCUGGCUCACUCGGUGCACCUCAGAGAGGAUUACAACAGCAUCAAGACCUUGCUGGACGCCUUGAAGUAUGAUGAGUACAUUUGGGGGCUGAUUCGUGAAAGUGAUUUACAGUAUAAUUGUAAAUCUCGAAAAACUAUUCACUUCUAAAUCUUUUGUAGUCAUUUUUGUAUUUCUUUAGAAUAAAUACAUUUUAAUUUGGAUUCAUAUGUUGUUUUUUUCUGACUUUGUG